AUGCCAACGAGCCGCAGCUUCGAGACGGGAUUUGACACUGAGCUAGAACCCAUCUGGGGCGUAAUCAGCCUGGAAAAGAUUCGAUUUACCGGGGAUUUGAAGGUUGAUCCAAAUGGCACUGUGUAUAGAGAAGUCGUUGGACGGCAAUACGUUGGUCCGCCGAGUCCAGAAAUUGACGACGCAUGGGUCGACAUCAUCAGAGGCGGCGGCGUUGAUCUUGUCGGUGUCGAGGCAGAGAGUGUCACUCACAAGACGUACCGAAAGCCUGGUGGAUGGUGGCUGACUGGAACACACGUCUUUCACCAGUUGCACUGCUUGAAUAAACUUCGAAUGUCGACUCACCCGGAAUACUACACGCAGCACGAUUUCGAGCCUCUCGAGAACUGGCGAAUGCAUUUGGACCACUGCAUUGACAUCAUUCGGCAAUCACUGCAAUGCAGUGCAGAUAUGACGAAGAUUGACGUGGUUUGGAAUGAAGCGAAGCACCGUAUCGUGCCGGAUCUCAACGGAGAGCACGUCUGUCGUAAUUUCCGCCAGUUGCAGAGCUGGAUGUUAAAUGGCUCAAGAAAUUCGGAGCUUCACAAGAUCCAUUAG